AUGAACAACCAGGGUCAGCAAGCGCAGCAGGCGCAGCAGGCGCAGCAGGCGCAGCAGGCGCAGCAAGGCCAACAGCCUGGUCAACCGCAGACCGCCGCACAGGCUGCUCAGUACAAGGCUGCGCUCAUCCAGCAACAGCAGAUCCAAGCCAUGCGUGCUCAAGCGCUCGCGCAGCAGCAGGCUCAACAACAAGGCCAAUCAUCGGCUCAAGUGCAACAGCCGCAGCAACAGCCGCAGCAACAGCCGCACCCCCAGCAGCCACAACAGCAGGCCGCAAAUCUACAGGCUCUCCAUGCGUUGGUACAGAACAACCCACAGGGUCUGGCUGCUUUGGUUCAAGCCGCACGCGAAGGCAGAAUGAGUCCCGACCAGCUCGCUCAGCUCAAAGCGUUUAUAGGCGCCCAUCAGCAACAGCAACAGCAGCAGCAGCAGCAAAACAGGCCGCCCCAGCAGCAGAAUCAGCAACAAGUUCGUCCCCCUCAACAGCAGCAGCAGCAAGCGCAGCCGAACUUGCAACAGCAACAGCAGAUGGCAGCUGCACUCCAACAACAACUGCAGCAACAACAGCAACAGCAACGAAACGCACAAAAUGCUCAACAACAGCAGCAACAGCCUCAACAGCAGCCCCAACAGCAAAACCUUGGACUAGCACGUCCCCCUCAAGGCCCUGCGCAGCCACAGCUGCCCCAAAAUGAGCAGGCUCUGCUGGAGCAAUUCAAUCGCAUUGCACAGCCUCUCAGGAUAAAGGUGCAGGCAUUGGAGAGUGCGCUCAACAAUCCGAACCUGAAACCGGACGAGAGGCAACAGUGCCAGAACGCGUUGCAGGAGACAAGAAAUCAGCAGGCUGCGCUCGCCAAGCAGAUCCAGAUCGUCAGGGAGAGCUUUAGGCUCCAGCAGCAGCAGCAGCAGCAGCCGCAACAACAACAAAGGCAGCAGCAGCCGAUGGGACAACAACAGAUGCCACAAAUGAAUCCUGCGACGGCACAAGCGGGCACACCCCAGCAACAGCAACAGCAGCAGCAGCAAACGGCGAGUCCAGUCGUGCUUCCUACGGCGGCUACGGCGGCCGGAACCCCGGCGACGCCUGUGCCUGUACCACCACCACCAGCAGCAGCAGCAGCGGCGGCGAGCACACCAGCGGCUACGGGAACGCCCAAGACGCAGGCGAAAGCUACACCCAAGGCACCGGCUAAGAGCAAAGCGGCACAGAAAAAGGAAAAGGAAGCCAAGGAGAAGGAGGAAAAGGAAAAGAAAGAAAAGGAGGCCAAGGAGACAAAGGCUGCCAAGGGCGGGGCUAAGGCUAAAGCUGCUGCGGCAGGAGGUACGAGUGCUUCUCCUGCUCCUACUGCUGCUCCUGCUCCCGCUUCUGCUUCUGCUGCGGCUACUGCAAAGGCUUCGCCUGUGACUGGGACGCCAGCCGCCGUGGGAGGGGCUGGAUCUGCUGCUGGUGGAGGCGGUGCUCCUGGGGGUGCAGGCGCGGCGGGGAGCGCUAUGAUGACUCCUACCUCUGGGUCUGCUGGCGCUUCGGCGCCUGCUUCCGGCAGCGUAGCCCCCGGUGCACCGUUGGCGUCUCCCGCCGGCGCUGGCGGUGCGAAUGCGCAAAAUGCGGUGACAGCUAUGUCGACCAACACGGCGGCGUCGUACGCUAACGCUGCCAUCGCACCGGUGCUGAAUGUAAAUGCAACAUGGACACCGGAGCCGUAUCCGAAUGCGAGUGGGCCACGAUCGAGCAUGACGGCCGGGCUGGGCGUGGCGGCUGUGCUGGGUACACCUGCGGUACUGACUCGGCCUACGCCGACGGAAGGAGGCCAAGAGGCUCUAGACGAGCUCUUGGGUCUAUCGGCCAAGACGGCGAGUGUUGGAGCGGAUGAACUGCUCGGCUUGCCCACUGACGAUCCCGAGGUAGCGAGUGCAGCAGCGCUAACAGCGUCGGCGGCGCUGUCGUCUACUGCACUCCCCGCACUCGCGCUCCCGGCACUGCCGCUCUCCUCGACGCACGCCGCGCACGCCUCGGUCUCUACAUCCGGCUCGAUGCUCACCAAACGCAAAAUCUCGGACCUCAUCUCGGAACUCGACUCAAACGAAAAACUCUCCGGUGCCGUCGAAGACCUGCUCCUGGAACUCGCCGACGAAUUCAUCGACAGCGUCACCUCGAUGUCGUGCAAACUCGCCAAACACAGACACGCCGACAAACUAGAAGUCAAAGAUGUCCAGCUACAUUUGGAGAGAAACUGGAACCUCCGAAUCCCCUUUCCAGGUAGCGCCCCCAUCGCCCCGCCCAGAGUCAAGCCAAACCCUGCCCCUGCUGCCAACCCUUUGGCCACCCACAAGUAA